AUGCCACCAAGUUAUCACAGCACGUUUCCUCAACUUGAACUCCAUCAUACCUCACCCCCCUCCACCCACAACACAGCCUUUAUUCACCGAUCCAUCUAUCGAACAGCCAUCAUCGACAACAAUCCCAUCAACCAAUCCAACCAAACUCGCGUUUCUCAAACAAGCAAAACAGAGAUGUCCCUUCGUUUCAUCCCCCCCGCAACCUCAACUCCCGCAACCCUCCCUGCCCCCACGGCGUCCGCGCCCUCGGCCGCCUCCAUCCCUGACACCCUCCGCGCCGGCGGCCCCACCUCCCUCGCUUCGACCCUGAACUCCAGACACCCGCUCGAGGCACGCCUAGCGCAGUGGGAUGAGACACAGGAGAAGCUUAAGAUGGAGAACCUUCGCCGCAUGUUUGGCGUGCAGGAGGUUAUCCGCCGCGGGAUGGAGAUAAAGAUUGCCGGGUCGGAUUGGAGGCCGGCGCAGUUGGGAGGUCCGUCGAACUUUCACUUGGAUAUUUUGAGGGGCGUGGAUGAGAGGAUUGAGUGGGAGGAUGUGUUUAAAGGGAAUGAUAAUACUUUUGAGAUGCCGGACUUCCAUGUCGAGAUGGAGAGGAAGCUUAGAAUGAAUUGGUAGAUUUUGGGAAGGGGCUUGCUACUGUUUCAUGUCACGAGAUGGGGAGAAAGGGGAGAGGUGGGGGUAGAUGAGAUACCGUUUGCUAUGGAUAAGAAAAAAAGGUCCUUUUAAACUUAA